UCAGACGGAAAGCUAUCCCAUCUUUGUAAACAUUAGGUUGUGGCGGGGCCCAGCUGGUUCCUCUAAUAAGCCCCUUGAAAGCUAACUUAAAGUAGCUUUCAAGUUAGAAAUGGUUUAAUUUUCUUUACCAAGAGGUUUUGCUGUUAAAAAAAAAUGUUUAUCUUAUUUACUUAAACAAAGUCAGGUUAAGACAAUCGGGUGCUUGCACAAUCUUCUGGGGCAUAUAUUAUUAUUUGAGUUUUCACAUCUACCAGAGAUAGGCACAAACAAAUCCAGAUAUUGUUGGUACAUUCCCUGUCAUUGUUUUCAGCCUGCAAACGAUAUGUAAUUGAUUACGUUUCCACCUCCUUUGCAUCUGCUGGAAACCACAGGAGGGGAGAGUGGCUCUUGUGCUCGAAUCCUGCUUGCAGAUUCCUCACAGGCAUGUGUUGGCCACUGUGAGAACAGGAGGUUGGACUAGAAGGGCCAUUGGCCUAAUCCUGCAGGCUCUUCUUUGCACUGAAGUGAAUGGGGGUGGAAUAAUGUAAUGGCUUUGUGCAAAUUAUAUAAGUUAUGUCCUUUUGCCACAAUGGACAGUGAGACAAAUAAUAUUGUUUUUGGCAGAAGACGAACUGCAGCAAAAUGGAAACAGUGUUGCAUGCAGCAAAUACAGAGUGGAACGGAAAAUGAUGUGUUCUUACAUCCAUACUCUGGAGAGCUACUUUUUGGACAGUAGAUAGUCUGACCUGGUAUAGGCAGUUUCCUAUUAUCUAUGUGACACUAUGAGGAAGAACCAUGACUGCGCAAAACAACACAAAAUUGCCACUGUUUCCCAAACAAACCCCACAAAAUUCUUUCUGUGGGAUUGUUUUGCUCUGCUACAUUAGAUUGCUAGUUUUACUCUUUUAAUAUGAACGUUAUUUUAUGUUGAUGAGUCAUAUUCUAGCUCGAUUUGGGAAAUGUUGUUUCUUUCAGGGUCCAGGUCAACUUCAUUAUCGUGAAAGCACAGCUUGUGAAGUACACCCAGAUUGUGAAGUGUUUGAGAAAGCAGGCUACAUGGCUACCGAUGAGGAUUAUGCUGCUGACUACGGCAACAGCACAUUUCAGCACGUUGAUGACAGCGCAUACGAGACAUUUACAGCAUUUAGCAGGGUCUUCCUGGUCUGCAUGUAUUCAUUUGCCUGUAUCUUUGGAGUCUCAGGGAACACUUUGGUUCUUAUCAUUUUUAUCUUCUAUGAAAAAGUAAAGGUGUUGACGGAUGUAUUCCUGGUGAGCUUGGCUGUAGCUGACUUGUGCUUUCUUUGCACGUUGCCAUUCUGGGCUUAUUCUGCUGCUAAGGAGUGGAUCUUUUACACUUUGCCAUGUCAAAUCAUCCGAGGCCUCUACACCUUGAAUCUGUACGGUUCCAUGCUAACCCUUACCUGCUUAACCAUUGACAGGUAUUUUGCUAUCGUCCAAGCCACCAAAGCACACAUCAGCCAAGCCAAAAGAAUAGUCUGGGGUAAAACGGUUUGCAUUUUGGUUUGGGUGCUUUCCCUGCUAUUUGCUUUGCCUCAGUUUUUAUUUAGCACGCAGAAGGAGUAUAGCAAAAAGGUAUGCAUUGCAGAGUACCCUUCAAAUUCUUUGCAGAUGCUCACCGAAGCAAUUCAAAUGACUCUUGGAUACUUCUGCCCUAUGCUGGUUAUGGUUCUUUGCUACUCAAUCAUCACAAAUACUUUACUCUAUGCUAAGGGCUUCCGCAAGCAGAAAUCCUUAAAAAUAAUAUUCGCCAUUGUUGUGGUGUUCAUUUUUACCCAGACGCCCUAUAACAUCUUGAGACUCAUUCGUGUUGCAGACCCAAGGGUCAUGGUGGACAAUGGAUACCGGUUUGAAUAUGCUUUGAUCGUAACGGAAGCCAUCGCUUAUUUCCACAGCUGCCUCAACCCUGUUCUCUAUUUCUUUAUCGGUUUGAAGUUUAGGAGGAACCUGGUCAAAAUUCUUAAAAAGCUUGGAUGUGCUAAACAUGAACAAACCAGGAAGCCAUGCCAAACUACGGAUGAUGAUUGCUCAAAAUCCUGCACCGCCACACAGAACGCAGAGGAAACAAGCAUGUAUCCAUUGUAAGAGGAUCUUGAAGAGCAUCUCUUUUGUAGAGCUUCAGUCUUAGUCGCCCUGGGCAUUCACGCGAGCAAAAGCAACAGGCAGAAUCUCCUCAACAUAGCUAUCCUGUUUGUAAAGUUGGUGAAAGUUUCCCUACAAGCAAAACUUUGCAGAAUCUCAUUGCCACCUUGAUUCUUAUGCUGGAGGCAUCUUAUGAGAAAGGACUCAAUUGUGUAAAGAUAUACACCAGCUACAGAAGAGAUGCUGAAUGGGAGUUUAGGUUGUCACUUAGCAUUUACCUUUUAUUUUAAGGAAGUGCCAGUGGGAAGCUGCACCCUCUGCUUCCCAGGAAGAACAUACUGGCAAGGAGGCGGCCAUCUUGACCCUGGUAAAGGCUUCAUUUACUCUGCCCUCUCUAUGUCCCCCCCCCCUCCUUUUGCAUCUUGCUUAUUAGAUUGUGAGCCAGUGGGCUGGGACUAUCUUUUAACCUCUGUACAGCGCUUAGAAAACAUUGGGUGCUUUAUGAAUGUUAAAUAAUGAAAGUUUGCAAUUCAAAGCUGGUCAUGCAAGCAGAGUUUGAAAGCAUGAAUGGCGGACACACUUUUCAUGUGGCUGGCAUGCAAGAACUUGCAAACAAUGCUUUUACCUGCUUUGGCUCACCAUAUGAAGAUUUUUUUAUAUAAAUAAAUAAAUAAAUAAAUAAAUAAAUAAAUAUAGAUGUUCAUGGAGAACAAAAA